AUGGACGUCGGCGUCACCAGCCAGCCAGUUGCGGCGCCAUUGGCGUCCGUCGAGUCGGCCGAUUCUGCUUCUGCCCCUCGGCCGGUGAAAAGAGUUGCGCGCGGAGGAUUCGUCGAUUCGGACGACGAAGAGGAUGACGAUAUCUCUCCAGACACUACGGCACGCGUCACUGCUUCAAUACUGGAGCCAUCACAGCCACAAGCAAAUCAGACACAGCAAACACGGCACAGCGAGCCUACGUCUACAGCGCCUCGUGCAAAUGCCAGCCAGGAGGGCGGCGAUACACAUAUGCACGAUGCACAGAUCCCGUCUCAAGCCGAACUCGACGAUCUCCUGGCCCAGACGGCGCCACCAAAUGACAGCCGGGGCCUGGAAAACCAAGACGGCCUCUCACCGGUACCGGUCGAGCACGAAGAGGAGGACCGCUACGACCUAUUGUUUCGUGCCGCCCCGGCCGCCGACGACACUUUGCCAGCAACCACACAGCCCUCGACAAUGAACACCAUCUUUGUACAGACGUGCUCCGGCCGGGCCAUCCCUGUGCGGCAGCGCAGCACGCCCCGGGCGCCCGUCCCGUACGAAGCCAUGGUGGCGCAGCGGUCCAAGACCAAGGAGGGCCGGGCGCAGCGCAAUUUUUACGGCAUUGCGGUCCACGAACUUGUGGACGGAGCGAGACACGAGAUGGCGGUGCAGAAGGAGGCGGAGAAAAAGAAGCCGGCAGCGGCAGCAGCAGACGCAGCAGGCGAGGCCGUCCAAGCCGCUCCCCAACCCACAAAAGGCAAAGGAACCGCAUCUGGCCGCCGGCCAAAACGCGCAAUGCUGUGGACAGAAAAGUACCGGGCACGCAACUUCAUGGACCUGGUGGGCGACGACCUGACCAACCGGCUGGUGCUGCGGUGGCUCAAGCGGUGGGAUCCGCUGGUGUUCCCGGGUGCGCGGAAGCGUGUUCCCCUUGUCAAGACACCGCACGCGGACGGCAACGGCAACGGCAACGAGGAAUCCGAAAAACCUCACCGCAAGAUUCUCAUCCUGACGGGCCCGCCCGGCCUCGGCAAGACGACGCUCGCCCACGUGUGUGCGCGGCAGGCGGGAUACGAGGUGCUGGAGAUCAACGCCAGCGACGACCGCAGCAGGGACGUGGUCAACGGGCGGAUCCGCACGAGCCUGGGCACGGAGAGCGUCAAGGCGGUGGAGCAGACAACAACGCUAGGCGCGGCAGCCGCAGACACCAAGAAAACCAACGUGGCGCGCCCCGUGUGCGUGAUUGUCGACGAGGUGGACGGUGUGGUGGGCGGCACCGGCAGCGGCGGCGAGGGCGGCUUCGUCAAGGCGCUGAUCGACCUGGUGCUGCUGGACCAGAAGAACGCGGGCGGCGCGGCGUCCGCUGCUCAGACGACGGCGGCCUCGAGAAGCCGCAGAAGCCGACGCGGCGACGACUUCCGACAGAUGCGCCCGCUCGUCCUCAUCUGCAACGACAUCUACCACCCGGCGCUGCGGCCCCUGCGGUUGUCGGGGCUUGCCGAGAUUGUGCACGUGGGCAAGCCGACGGUCGAGACGGUGGUGACGCGGCUGAAGACGAUUUUUGAAAAGGAAGGGAUCCCGUGUGAGAAGGAGGCAGCGCGCAAGCUGUGCGAGGCGGCGUGGGGGAUGGCGACGGGCAGCGAAGCAGGCAGGCGGGGGACCGAGAGCACAGCAGAAGGCGACCUGCGGGGGGUGAUGGUGGUGGGCGAGUGGGUGGCGCGGCGACUGCGGGCGACGGCAUCCGUGGACACGUUUGCAUCGGCGACGCCGCACUUGACGCGCGCUUGGGUCGACAAGCACGUGCUCCCGGAUCUCGCGAGCGGUGGCGGCGAAGGCGGCGGCAUCGGGGCCCGCGGCCUUGGUCGCGGCGGUGUGCGCGAGAUUGUGACGCGCGUCUUCCAGGAGGGUGCCGGCUUCCCCAAGACAGCGGCCAGCACGGCAGGGCAAGUGACAGCGUCGACAUCGUCGACAUGGACAGCGUCGGCCACGGCGACGUCCGCCCAGACAUCCUACCGGCACGAGCAGCCCAAGGGGCAGAUGAGCUUCGCCGAGGCGCAGCAGCGCUACGCGAUGGGCCGGCUGCGGGAGAUGAUUGAGACCAGCGGCGACGUCGACCGCAUCAUGACGGACAUCUUUGGCGAAUACCCGCACCGCGAGUUCAACGACGACAGCUUCCUCAGCAAACCGGACGCGGCGUACGAAUGGAUGCACUUCCACGACGCGUGCGCGCGCCGCGUGUUUGGCAGCCAGGAGUGGGAGCUGGCGCCGUACACGAGCCAGCCCGUGCUGGCGUGCCACCAGCUGUUUGCGACGACGCGGAAAUAUGUGCCGGACGACGCGCGGGCGGGAGAGGACGGCCGUCCCGCGCUGCCCUUUUCCGGCCCCCGCGCUGAUUUUCUGGCACGCGAGGCCGAGAAGCACAGCCGCGCAGCACUGCAGGCCAUCCAGGCGCAGCUGCCGCCCUCGCUGAUGCGCGCGUUCCGCAACGCCGAGGACCUGGCCGCCGACUUUCUGCCCUACGUGCUGCGGCUGGUGUCGCCCGAUGUGAAGCCGGUGCUGGUCAACGUGGCCGCAGCCAGCCACGCGGGCGCCAACGGCAAGAGCAGUGGCCCCACGGCGGUGGCCAGUGUCCGCCGCGAGGGCGAAAAGAUGCUUGUGCGGCGUGCAGCCGAGGUGCUCGCCGAGCUGGGCAUCAAGCUGCAGCGCGGCAUGCUCGAGGACGCGGGCGGGCCGUCCUCCGCCGCCCCCGUUGGUGUUGGCCGCCCGCAGUGGGUCUACCGCAUGGAGCCCGACCUGGACAUGCUGGCGUCGUUUGAAACGGCCAGCGGGCUGCUGCUGUCCGGCAGCAGCGCGGCGCCCACGCGGUAUGCGGUGCGGCAGGUGCUCGACCAGGAGCUGCGCAAGACGCUGGCGGCACGAGACAAUGCGGCGCGCCAGGCACGCUUCCAGGCCGGCACAGCUCUGGGCGCGCCCAGCAACGACGACGACAAGGAGAACCGGAGCAGCAAGCGCAGCGGCGUCAAGCGCAAGUCGGCGGCAGCGGACCUGGAGGAGGCGUCUGUCAAGCGCGACUUUUUCGGCAGAAUCAUGGCCGAGGUGCCGACGGCAGCCACCAACGCGCUGCAGGAAGUGGACGGCAACGCGCGCGCGGACCGGUCCAAGAACGGCGCCGCUGCCGACGAAGGCACCGGCGACAAGGGCCAGCGGGUGUGGGUGACGUUCCACGAAGGCCUGAACAAUGCUGUGCGCAAGCCCAUCUCGGUCGACGAGUUCUUGCGGGGCCUGUAA